AUGGAAGCUUCCAAUGAGGUUGAAGCUCUGCAGCAAGAGAACGAAGAGCUCCGUGCUUUGAGCAAAGAUUUGCAGAAGAAUCUGAACCUCCUAGUUCAGGCUUCACUGGAGAACAGACUUGGCCGUGGCGGCGGCUCCUCCGUUCAGACUCAAUCGAUUCCGUUAGAUGUAUUGCACUGUGCCCGUGGCUUGAAUCUUGGAGAUGGAAAAGAAAACUGUGCUGGUUACAAUAACAAUAACAUCAAUAAUAAUAAGGAGCUGCUAGAAGAUUCGGAUGAGAGUUCAACGAGUGUAAUAGAUGAUAACAAUGUUGAUGAUGAAGCGGAACGGUUCUCUAUGCCGAAGAGCAUUUCUGUGAGAUCCAAAGGCUACGUGAAGGUGGCUCAGCCUCCAGCAGUCGUAACUAACAAUAAUGCUUGUCGCAGCACCAAAGGAGCUCCCCGCUCUCGUGCGUCUUCCACUCAACCAGAUCAAGCUCAAAAGGUAUAUGUCCGAGGAGGGAAGAAAGAGGAAGAACCUCUUGAGAUGACUGUGUAUAAUCAGGGGAUGUUAAAGACUGAGCUGUGUAACAAAUGGCAGGAAACUGGUGCAUGCCCUUAUACUGACCACUGCCAAUUCGCUCAUGGUAUUGAGGAGCUUCGCCCGGUGAUCGCCACCCACGCUACAAAACUGAGGUCUGUAGGAUGGUUUUUGCUGGGGUUGUCUGGCCGUAUGGCCAUAGAUGCCAUUUCCGCCAUGCACUGUCAGUCUCUGCCUAUUGCUCACCGAGACUUGAAAGCAGAGAAUCUUCUGUUAGGUUCAGAUGGUUUAUGGAAGUUGUGUGAUUUUGGAAGCAUUUCCACAAAUCACAAACGUUUUGAGAAGCCAGAAGAAAUGGGAAUUGAGGAAGAUAAUAUCAGAAAGUACACAACUCCCGCCUACAGAGCUCCUGAGAUGUGGGACCUGUUCCUCAAAGAAGUUAUUAAUGAGAAAGUAGAUAUAUGGGCACUAGGGUGUCUCCUUUUUCGCAUAUGCUACUUCAAAAGUGCGUUUGAUGGGGAAUCAAAGCUACAAAUCUUAAAUGGAAACUACCGCAUUCCUGAUUUACCUAAAUUCAGCUCGUCCCUCACAGACUUGAUCAGAGACAUGCUUCAAGCUAGACCAGACGACAGACCAGAUAUCACGCAGGUUUGGUUUCGUGUUAAUGAAAAGCUGCCUGUUGAUUUGCAAAAGUCAUUACCUGACAGGCCACCUGAAUCGCCCUCUUCCGACAAUCACGAAGGUGCUUUCUGGUCCACUAUGCAUGCAAAGGAUUCACUUGUGUUUGUGAAAGCUGCAAACAGUGAUUUUCAUAUUGGAAUUCGAAGGAAAUGA